AUGCCACUAGAGCUAGAACUGGUCACCAAUGGCUAUAUGGAAAGCGAGUAUGAUUUCAAGAGGAUACGACAGGCUAUAAUAGGUAAUAAGGACCUCAAGUUCAAAUUAGCCAGCGAAUAUGCAUUUACGGAAUGUCUUGUUUCGCAAUUCAAUAAAUGCACGAGUUCUUUAAUCAGCACCAAUAGGAUCCAGGAGGAUUUGUUACAAUCGUUGGAAGAGCUAGCGGUGAUUAUCAAAGUGUUUAUCUCGUUUGUUACUGAGCUGGAAGUGUUGAAUAAGCAAGAUGUGAUGCAAACAAUUUGGAACAUGGAAGGUGUACUUGCUCCUCUAUUAAAAUUGCUCAACCACUUUAUCGAAAAUAUUGUACCACAAUGCAACAGCAUUGCACCAGGACAGAAGAAAAAGACUUUUAUAACCAAAUAUGAAGUGUUGGUUGAGCAUGCUCUAGACAUCAUAUUGGGAUUAUCCAAUCUUCGAAAUUAUGAUAUCGAUGCAACUUUAUUGUGGCGAUAUAUCACAUUGUUACUUGUUGUAACCGAUAGUAAUCACGAAAAUAUCUUCCAAAUCAAACCCUUUGGAAUACUACAGAAGCUGCUAAAGUUAGUGCCGUUGGUGUUGAGUUCACAAAACUCUAUCAGUUUGGAAGCUAUCUUUACUGGCUUGGUAACUUUGUUUGAUAGGCUCACCACUGAAAGCAGAAUCAUAGUCGAGGCACAUGUGGACCAAGAAGACUACCCUGUGGGAGCGGGAGACGAGUCCAGUGCAUUUGAGGAGCUAGUAUUUGGAAUCAACACCCUUCCCAAUGUUGAUUUGAAGUCAUCUAUUGUAGAUGACCUUAUAAACACAAGAGUUUUUUUGGAAAUUGUAAGUUCCACUGCACAGAUAAUGACAUACCUUAAGUCAAAGGAGUACCCUAUAUCAUUGAUAAUGUCUGAAAGAAAAAAAGAAGACAGAUUCAAUUUUUCAUCCAUGUCAUCAUCAUCAUCAUCAUCAUCAUCAUCAUCAUCAUCAAUAAUUUUCUUUGACCCACGAAUAUACUUUACAUUAUUGUUGUUUUUCAAGAUAAAUUCCGAGGAAGUGGUAUUGCCUGUUCUCAACUUGUUGGUAAUUGUUUUAGAUAACUUCGGCACUCUGAAAAAGCUACUGGUGGACCAAAUUUUUCUCAAUUACGAAAGAAUGUUUCCUCGUAUAAUCUCAACUUUGGACUAUGGCGUUGGUCGCAGAAAGCACAGUGGCAAGAAAAAGCACGAAAAGAAUUCUGCCAAGGAUACGACGACAACUUGGCGUCCUAGAAAGAUACAUCCUCCGCCUUUGUAUUUGAAAUCUGCAACUCGCAUUCUUGCAGAUUUAUGUGCUCAACAUCAAGGAAUAUUGGACAAAAUAGCCGAUACAAACACUUAUUGUAGAUUGAUUGAUAGCUUGAACUCGUGUUUCAAGUCGAGUCAAAUGAUCAAACAAUUGAAGACCUUGAAAAGCCGGUCAAACCAUGGAACUGUUUUGGUAGACUUCACCUGGAUUCAAUGUGGCCCCUAUUCUGAGAUUUCAGACUUGCUUCUUCUACUAAGUGUCUUUGCAAGUGAACGCGAGGAUUACAGACAUAAAAUAGUUGCAUAUUAUCAAGCAUACAAGAUAGAAUUGCCAGAAGCAAUCUUUGAAAUUCUAGACAACUAUCAUUUCCUUUGUAAUCAGUUGCAAUUGAUUUAUCGCUUAGUACGCCCAAAAAGGACGACAAGUGGUGGUGGUGGUGGUAGUGGUGGCAGCGGCAGAUCUUCCACCCAAACCAAACUCACAAGAGAGCAUUUACUGUGGAUCGGCAAGAAUUUAGGUGCUAUAUGCGCACUUGAGAGUUCGCCUAUUUAUACCAACUGCUUUUAUUUUAUCAGAUCGGUUUCCAGGUCCGUUGCAACAUUGAGGACAUUUUUUGUUGAGUGCAAUGCAUUUAAGAGCUUUAUUACUCGGGGAAGAGCGACAGAAGGGUUCGAUAUAGAUAACCCUAUUUCAGCUUCUCAAUUACUGAACCCAAUGCAAAGCAGCGCACCAGACAACAAUGGACUUCAGCUUCCAGAUCACUCUGCACAUUCUCCAACUGGCGGAUUUGUCACGGAUUUAUUGGAGAUUAUACGGAUCUAUGAGAACCUUGACCUGAAAUUCAAUUUCUUUUUUAAAUUGAAUCACAACAGUUCGAUAGAUGCUAAGUAUCUCCAAAAAAACCUAACAGAAAACAAAGCACUUUGUGUUGGUUUAUUGGCCAAUUUCAUUUUGGACUUUAGCUCCUUUAGAUACAAGAUUGUUGGUUACGAAAGCUUUUUAUCUAGUUUGGCAGCUAUUUAUCAAAAUUCAUCGUACAGUCAAAACAUCAAUGGAAACAAGUUCAAUGAGGAGGAAAUUCACAAAAGGAACGUAAUUCAGCUCAAGGUUAUGCAAGUGAUAAAGAACUUUAUGUUCAACGAAGCAGCAGAGAACAAAAAGGAAGUUUUAAACUACUUUCCUAUGAGCUUUGUAUUUCAGAAAGCUAGUUUUGGAAUGAUGAGUGAUGAUCCACCGGACAAAAUGGGGCCAGACAAUAAGCAACUACGAAUCCAACAAAAAAUUAUAGCUUUUGAGAUUCUAAGAAAUUUUACAGCGGGGUCGCCAUCGUUUGCUGAAUUCUUGAGAGAUUAUUACUUUGAGGAAUGUUGGCAUGCUAGUAUGGAAACAUAUUCGGAAGUUCCAGAAGUCUGGUCUGAAUUCUUGAUUCGAAACAUCACGAAUGUUGGAAUAUUUCUUGACUCUGAUGAUAAGAAUGCCAGUUUUUUCAAUGAUGAGACCUUGUUGAAUUUGCUCAAAAACGAUGAUUAUGUAAAAUUAGUGAGAUCUAUCAACUUCACGGAGGACCAUGCAUAUACCGUAAUUGACAAGAUCCACGUGGAUCUAUUCCCCACUGAUGAUCUUUUGUAUAUUUGGUUAAGGUUUUUGGCAUUUGAGAUCCCCGAUUCCCUUGAGGAAAUGGUACCGGAUGAUAGAUUGCAUAUGAUAAACAACUUGAACAUGAUCAAGUUAUCGAUUGCUUGGGUUCUUGUUAACUUGACUUGGAAAUCUUCAGUCUUUUGUUAUGAUGCGCAUGAUUAUACUGAUUACGAAGUGUACCAAACAGUGGAUACGUCUAGAAGAAGCCAGAGAGAUGCUCUUUCUAAGCAACAAAAUAACUUUAGAGAAGACAAGAGGACAGAGAUGGAAAGUGAUACCGAUGCAGUUAAAGACCAUUGGUCAGUUUACGAUAGAGCGCGGUAUUUGGACAAAUUUGGAUUUUCCAAGGUUAUCUACGAAGCAUUGGCCAACUACAGUAAGCGACGCUCAGUUUACAGAAUAAAGAAGGAGAACAAACCUGACGUUGCACAAGAGGUUGAUGUGUUUGAGAAGUUAAAGAGUGCAUUGCACCAAAUUAACUUUUUGUGUACCGGGAGUCGCGAAGGUAACAAUAAAGAAUAUAGUCAAGGUGUUAGUGACCUGUUUUUGAGAUUGCAACGAAAUUCAGACAACUUGAUUGAAAUUGUAAAUGGGAACACUGUUGAUGAUGCUCCUCAUCUGGAUGACGAGUUAGUAUAUGCGACCUCUCGGAGAAGAGAAGCGAUCAAUUCAGAGGAUGAUGGUGAUGAUGGAGGACAAGAGAACGAGAAUGAAGACGAGGAAAUGGCCGAACGCGAAGACGACGAAGACGAAGAAGAGGAGAAUGAAGAAGAAGUAGAAGAAGAUGCAAUAAGUAUAAACGAGGAAGUAAAUGACAGUGAUGAUUCGAAUGACGAUUUACCACAUGAGUAUUGGGUUAUGUGA